AUGGCACCUACUAAAAAACUUCUUACUUUGCGAGAAAAAAUGGAAAUUGUAACGUUUCGAAAGGAAAAUUUUUCAGAAAAAUUUAAAAUUGGGAAAACUCAAACGCCGGAAAUUGUGAAAAAUAAGGACAGCAUUCGUGUACAAUGGGAGUCGGGAAGCAAUAUUGAUCAAAAAGGAAAUUUUGUAAAAACUGAGAGACUUCAAAUUGACAAAGUGUGUUUUGAUUGGUUUUCUCGUUUGCGAGGUCAAAACAUUCCAAUAUCGGGGCACUUAGUAAAGGCCAAGGCUCAAGAAAUAGCCGAAAAACUUAAUGUUCGAAAUGUUAAAGCUUCCAAUGGAUGGCUGGAAAAGUGGCGCAAGAGACAUGCGACAAGUUUUAAGUGUAUCUCCGGAGAAUCAGCAGACGUGAUUCAAGAAGAUGUAAAUCAGGUUAAAGAUAAGUUGUCCACACUACUCCUCGGAUAUCAGCCACACGAUGUUUACAAUGCCGAUGAGACUGGCCUUUUCUUUCGAGUCUUACCUAACAAAACACUUGCUUUGAAAUCCGAAAAAUGUAGUGGUAGAAAGCUUUCCAAGGAGAGGCUUACAAUUUUAUUUUGUGCCAAUAUGACAGAACAAAAAGAUUUGCUCGGGAUUGGAAAGGCUGUCCGACCUAGGGCAUUUAAAAAUGUAGCAAUUAAAAAUUUAGCGACAAUAUGGAAAUUUUACAAGAAAGCAUGGAUGACGCGAGACAUUAUGAAUGAAUGGUUGUUACAAUUUGAUAGAAAAUUGGCCCUACAAAAGCGAAAAUUUUUAUUACUCUUGGAUAACGCAGCAUCGCACCCCCAUGAGGAAGAUGCCCAUGAAGACCUGAAUAGCAGUCGUUUCCAAAGUUGGCAAAACUUACCCAGUUCGGAAUUAGACGGAGCUUUCACUUAA